AUGGAAAAGCUAGGAUUCAAUAAAGUGACGAACCACCCAUCAUCACCCAACCAACCCAGAAUUACCCAUAAUAUCCAUAUUCCACACCCGCAACUUCAGGAUCUGCCACCUCAACCAAGAACUCCAGUUGAACCAAUGAGGAAGCAACUAGUGGUUAGUAAUGCACCAGGAAACGAUGUUGUUGUUGCCAACUGCAUAGCAGUAAAUCCAAACGACUUUGCCCAUGUCCCAAACAAAACACCAGUGAUAUUAGAUGGCGUGUUUGUCUACUCAAUUGCCAAAGACGAACGCAUGAAGCCUGGUUAUAUUGGUAUGGCAGCCAAUAUGAGGACCUGGGGAAAAUACUCGUAUGAUCAAACUGUCCAUGUAGAAGUAUACGAUAUUUUCAAAUCUGGACAACAACAAUUGUAUCUUGGGGCUUUGGAUAUCCUGAUUGACUUUAUCAAACCCAAAGCCAAUGCAGCUCCAUUAAAUCAUGAUGAUUUAGUCAAUAUUUUCCACCAAAAGUACGAUAAUCAAAUCUUGCAGCCUACACAAGUGAUAUAUAUGGAGUAUCACGGAGUGUUUUAUUUGCUUAAGAUAGACCAAGUGCAGGUUAUCGAUGUGAAUACUAAGGACAAUUUACCCAGCUUCAAAGAUUCAAGUGAUAUCGGUACAAAGGGAAUUCUUAUAAAAUCAUCAGAUGUCAUGUUUUACCCAUUUGAAAAUUCCAAAAUCACCAUUUCCAAGAGCAAGAGUUUGAAAUCGAGAAUCUUUGGAGGUAAUGGGAACGAAAACCGUCACCACCGUACACGAAAGCAAAUCAUCAAUCCCGAUUUCAAGUUGGAAGAUUUGGGUAUUGGUGGGUUGGAUUCGGAGUUUCAGGACAUUUUUCGUCGUGCUUUCAACUCGCGGAUCUUGCCACCUGAAAUUGCAGAGAAGUUGGACUACAAGCACUGUAAAGGUUUGCUUUUGUAUGGACCACCUGGUACGGGAAAGACUUUGAUAGCUCGUAAACUUUCCAAAAUGCUAAAUGGUAAAGAGCCCAAAAUUGUGAACGGUCCCGAAAUGUUGAGCAAAUUCGUGGGUGCUUCUGAAGAGAAUAUUCGUAACUUGUUCAAGGAUGCAGAGGCUGAAUAUAAACAGAAGGGUGAAGACUCUGAUUUACAUGUUAUCAUAUUUGACGAAUUGGACUCGGUGUUUAAACAAAGGGGCUCGGGUAAAAGCGAUGGCACAGGUGUUGGGGACAAUGUUGUGAAUCAGUUGUUGUCCAAGAUGGAUGGUGUUGACCAGCUCAACAAUAUCUUGGUGAUUGGUAUGACCAAUAGACUUGAUCUUAUUGAUACGGCAUUGCUAAGACCAGGUCGUUUUGAAAUCCAAAUUGAGAUUGCAUUACCUGAUCAAAAAGGAAGAAGAGAUAUAUUUGCUAUUCAUACUAAGAAAUUGGUGGAGAAUGGGUUAUUGGGCAAAGAUGUCAAUUUGGAUGAAUUGAGUAUUUUGACCAAGAAUUUCACUGGUGCUGAAAUUGAAGGUCUUUGUAACUCUGCUAAGUCACAUGCAAUCUCAAGACACACAAAGAAAGGCUCCUUGGCUCAAAUUGAUCCAAACUCGAUCACCGACUUGCAGAUUACAAGAAACGAUUUUCUCUUGGCUUUGGAUGAUAUUCGUCCUGCGUUUGGAACCGAUGAAGAAGAUUUGGCACAACAAGCUAAACAUGGAAUAAUAUGGUUCAAUGAUACAAUUAGGCACAUUUUCGAAAAGGGGCAAUCCAUCAUUGAUGUUGUUAAAUCGAGCGAAUCUGAAACUUUAAGGAGUAUGUUGCUCUAUGGCCCACCCGGUGUUGGUAAAACAGCUAUUGCCACGACAUUAGCAUUAAACAGUGGAUUCCCAUUCAUCAAGAUGUUGUCUGCAGAAACAUUGGUUGGUAUGGGUGAGGCAAGAAAGAUUCAAGAAAUUGACAAUGUAUUCAGAGAUGUGCAUAAAUCGCCCUUGAAUGUGUUGGUGAUUGAUAAGAUUGAAAACUUGAUCAACUAUAACCCUAUUGGACCUAGAUUUUCAAAUGACAUUUUGCAGACACUUAUGGUGUACUUGACCAAGCAACCUCCAAAGCAUAGAAGAUUAUUGAUCAUUGGAACAACGUCACAAUACUCUGUACUUAAGCAUAUGAACUUGACUGAUAGUUUCAAUGAUGUUAUUGCAGUCCCACCUGUGCGCUCAGUUGAAGAAGUUGGCAAAGUGUUGGAGAAGUUGGGUUUCAUGACUUCUCAUGACAGACAAGAUAUCUUGAGCCAAUUGUCGCAGUAUGACAUCAACAUAGGAGUCAAAAGCUUAAUUGAUGUUUUAAUGGUCAGCAAAUAUUCUAGAGAUUCAGUUGACGAGGUGGUAGGUAAUAUUGUAGAGAAGAUGAAUGGUUGA